UCCGUCGCCGACCCGUUGCCCCGGCAACGAGCGGGGAAACGGCCGGCGUAGGUGCAGCUCUGCCCGGAAGGGUUGCAGCGGGCUGGGCCGGGCUCGGUUGGGACAUGCUGCAGCUCGGGCCGGGACAGCCUUCGAAAAUUCCGGGGCGCAGAGAAACAUGGCACUCCCCACGCUGCCCUCCUCCUGGUGCAGCCGGAGGCUCCCGGAUCAGCAGGCUGCACGACAGCAACGCCGGGAGCAGGAGGCCCAGCUUCGGCAGCAGUGGGAUCAGAACAGCCGCUACUUCAAGGUGUCUGACAUCUGCAGCUCCAAACAGGCAGAAUGGAGCUCCAAGGCCUCCUACCAGAGGAGCAUGUACGCCUACCAGCGGGAGAAGAUGAAGGAGGAGGGGAGGAAGCGUCUGGAGGCCCGACGGCAGAGACUCAGGCAGCUUCUGGCGGAGGAGCAGGACCUGCUGGCCAGAGAACUGGAGGAGCUGAGGCUGAGCAUGAACUUGAGGGAAAGAAGAAUCCGGGAGCAGCACAGGAAUCUGAAGUCAGCCCGAGAGGAGCAAAGGAAACUGAUUGCUGAACAGCUUUUGCAUGAACACUGGAAAAAGAACAACCCCAAACUUCGAGAGAUUGAAUUGGAACUUCACAAGAAACAUGUGAUAAACUCUUGGGAAACACAGAAAGAGGAAAAAAAACAGCAAGAAGCCGCCGAAGAGGAAAAGGAAAAACGGUAUGAAAAUGAAUAUGAAACGGCCCGACGGGAAGCGCUGGAACGGAUGAAAGCAGAAGAGGAGAGGAGGCAACUGGAGGGUAAACUGCAGGCAGACGCGCUGCGCCAGCAGAUGGAGGAGCUGAAGGUGAAGGAGAUGGAGGCCACCAAACUAAAGAAGGAGCAGGAGAAUCUGCUGAAGCAGCGCUGGGAGCUGGAGAGGCUGGAGGAAGAGCGGAAGCAGAUGGCAGCCUUGUGGCAGAAGGCGGAGCUGGGACGCUUUUUGCGACAUCAGUACAACGUGCAGCUCAACAGACGUACACAGCAGAUCCAAGAGGAACUGGAGGCAGACAGGCGCAUCCUGCAGGCGCUGCUGAAGGAGGAGGACGAGACCCAGCGUGUGCACCUGGCCCGGAGGGAGCAGGCCCAGGCCGAUGUGGCCUGGAUGAAGCGGGUCAUCGAGGAGCAGCUGCAACUGGAGAGGGCGCGGGAGGCGGAGCUGCAGAUGCUGUUGAGGGAGGAGGCUAAGGAAAUGUGGGAAAAGAGAGAGGCAGAGUGGGCCCGCGAGAGGAGUGCUCGAGACCGGCUGAUGAGCGAGGUUCUGACAGGAAGACAAAAACAAAUACAGGAAAAGAUUGAACAAAACCGACGGGAGCAAGAGGAAUCCCUGAGACACAGAGAGCAACUUAUUCGAGAUCUUGAGGAGGCCAGAGAGUCAGCUCAUCGUGAGAAAAAGGAGAGCGAAGAACUGAAAUCGGCCAGGAAGCAGGAGCUGGAAGCCCAGGUUGCAGAGCGCCAGCUGCAGGCGUGGGAAGCGGACCAGCAGGAAGAGGAGGAGGAAGAAGAGGCGAGGCAGGCAGAGCAGCUCACAGACGCCCUGCUGCAGCAGGAGGCGAAGAUGAUGACCGAGCAGGGCUACCGGCCCAAGCCUUAUGGACAUCCCAGAAUCGCUUGGAACUGACUCUGUUGAUACUGUAAGCACAGAGAGCAAGCACAUAUCCUGUUUAGGGUGGAUGCUCUGUGAGGCCUGGGGAAGUUAAAAAGCUGAACAAGAACAGGCACAGGAAUCAAACAAGUGCAUGGAUAAGCAGGAGUCACUGGCGGGCACAGAGCCAGUUGUAACUCGUGGGACUGAAGGAACCAUGUGUGCCAUAAAUAUAUUCAGUAUAUCCACAUUUCCUUAUGAAUAUAAUGAAUAUUUUUUCACAAUCUGGGUUUUUAGGUAGUUUUCAGUCUUCAUAAAAUAUAAAGCAUCAUUAUAAUGCCUUCAAAAGCAUUAACGUCAGCAGUGCCUGCUGACCUUGCCGAACUUCAGCCGUGAAGCCACCUGGAAUUUUAUUUUAUGGAGUUUGACAUUGUCAUGUCUUCAUUUUAGAGGGUUUUUUACUUUCUGACUUAAUGUUAUGAUCACUCAGAAGUUCUAAAAGGUAGAAAAAAAAAAUCUACCUCAAAGGAUAUAAGCAUGUGAUUUUUUUUUUUUUUUUGUGGUACACGGGCCUCUCACUGUUGUGGCCUCUCCUGUUGCGGAGCACAGGCUCCGGACGCACAGGCUCAGCGGCCAUGGCUCAUGGGCCCAGCCGCUCCGCGGCAUGUGGGAUCUUCCCAGACUGGGGCACGAACCCGCGUCCCCUGCAUCGGCAGGCAGACUCUCAACCACUGCGCCACCAGAGAAGCCCAGCAUGUGAUUUUUUAAGUUAAUUUUUUAUUAAGACUUUAUACAUAAGUAUUUCAUUUUUGGGGUGCUAAUAUAAAUGGUAUUAAUGAUGGUAUUAUUAUUUAUUCAUUCUCAUUUGGCUUCUAAUUUUUUUCUUUUAAAAAUGGUGUUUCUUGGACUUCCCUGGCAGUCCAGUGGCUAAGACUCAGUGCUUCCAGUGCAGGGGGCACAGGUUCACUCCCUGGUCGGGGAACUAAGAUCCUACAUGCCAUGUGGCAAGGCCAGAAAGUAAAUAAAUAAAAAUAGUGUUUCUAUAAACAUAUGGACACAUAACUUAUGUUGCACACAUUCAAGAUUAUCUCUGGCUAGAUAGCUAGAAGAACUAUUUCAGCCUUACAGUGAUGAUGAUGGGAAAGCCUUGUUUUAUGUUGUGACACUGUCCUUGUAGGGCUUUGGCACUCUUUUUCUCAUUUUGGUUAUUAGCUGACCUAAAAGACUUCUCUUUUGCUCAUUUUUUUCCCCCUAAACACCCAAUCCUCCAUUUCUAUGCAGAAACAAUUAUGGUAGAGAACAUUGCCGUGUUGAGAGUUCCCCAUGUGUGCGAUUAACCAAGCCGUGUGGCACUGUCAUUCAUGCUGCUGACUUGUCACUCCUGAGACAAACUGAACAGCCUGGCUUACAGUUACCAUACACAUUCUUGACGAUACAAGCGGGGUUCUUUGGGCACCUGUGCAGAGUUGCUUUGGCCUCUGCCAGCCUGUCAGGCCCAGGCACCACACAGGCCCUUCCUACAUGAUGUGAGCCAGGUCCCUGGCAUCCAGUGCCAUGUACACAUCGAUAACUCCUGGAUCUGUAUCUCUGGUCCUGACUCCUAUAUCUGCUAGCGCUCUGACAUCUCCACUAUAUGUCCCAAAGAUGCCUCAAAUUCAGCACAACAAGAAUAAUCAAAAGAUCUCUCCUAAACUCCCAUCAUUAAACGAAACAACAGCAACAGCCAUCUGGCCCUCCUGUGGCGUUCUCAGAUAAGUGAAUGGCAUCACCAUCCACCUGCCCGCUGCAGGAGCCAUACCCCAGGGCACUGAGUCCUGCUACUUUGACCUGAAAUCGCUGAGUCCAUCCACUUUGCUCCCUCUCACCACCAUCUAUCUUUCAUCCCUACCACUGACUUCUGCCUGAAGUCACCCAUCCACCUCACUUUUCUCUCCAUCCUGCAGAUCUUUUACAAACACACACCUGAAAUGAAAAUCUUCCACUGUCUUCAAUGGUGUCCCUCUGCAUUUAGGACCAAGACCCAAAUCCUCCCCUGGCCUACCAGGCCCCACAGUGGCUAGCCCUCCAGGAGCCCUCUCUAAAUGCACCAAGCUGCCCCCUAGCCCAGGAACAUAAGUAACAAUCAGACUGGAACAAAGAUGUUCCUCACAGCAUUAGUUAGAAUAGCAAAAACUGAUAACCUAUAUGUCCAACACGAGGAGGCUGUUUGAGUUUGGGGUAUUAUACAGUGAAUUAAAAUGAAAUGGAAUGCUUAAAAUUUUCUGAAAAUUCUGGAGAAAUGUUCAUGCUGUGUUAAAAAGCUGAUCAAAAGCAAUAGCUACGUAACUUCAUUUUUAAGGAAACAUACUAUUACUUUGUGGGUAUUUCUCAAAGUUGGGAUAAUGGGUAUUUCUCAUUUUGGGUGCUUUUCUAUAUUUUCCACAGAGAACAUUUAUAACCUUUGAAAUGAGGGGAAAAUGUUAUUAAAAAAACAAAGAAAAAGGCAAAUACUAG